CACGUCAGAAGGGCUCCAUUAGCUUGGGCUCUGAGAUACUCCGAUGCUUGUUAAUCGGGUUUCACUGCAACUACGAGCAUGGAUUCAAUGCUGUGUCUGCGUCUUUGUUCCUAGAACUGCUGUGCUCCGAAUAUACAGCUUGGCCUGCAUUGACGCAGGCACGGCACUCAAAACAUGCUAUCCAACUACUAUUGAAUCCAAUUUCCAACCCAUAAGUACUCCGUACUUCCAGGCCGUACGGAGUAGCCACCCGGCCAAUCCAUGUAAAGGUUGCACGAGAAGUUCUGCCCGACGCAAACCCAAACCGUACGAGGAAACAAAGACCACGGAUGUUCCGCAUCCGGACGAUCCCCCAUGGCGGCCCCUCCAGGCACGCAACCACUACCCCCGACUGGCUUUUCCAGCUACUCGCAGGGAUCCGGUUGGUUCCAUUGACAGAAUCAAUGGCCCUAGUACUGGUAGGUACUCAAUGGUGGCAUCCUGUCCUUAGGUUUCCCGUCGUCACACAGGUAGACGGUGACAUCAUCACUUGCUACGUGAACAAAUGGGAAGGCUGAGUGUCCUGAAUUUUAUUUCGCGCCCACAGAACUUUAGGUCAGUGAAUGAUGUCGGGGGGUAGAUCCGUUUCCAUUCGAGGCAAGAACAUGAUGGGUGGGAGGCACGCGGUGCGCAAAUUCUGAGGGAAGUCAGCUGUUCGUUUGGAUCUACUUGACUGCUUUACCAUCCCUCACCGGGCUCCUUGGGUCCCUUUUUUCUCACUCCUUCCCUGAGCUUUAGUUCACCUGCUACCAAGUCCCGUUCUUGACUCUCUGGCGCUACCUUUGGGUCUGAUCUCGAGAUGGCCCAGCGCG